AUGUAUACCAGCAGUCGUGAAGAACGUUACAUGACAAAUCAAGAGUUGAGCCGAGACCAGAUCAUUGAUCAGUUGAACAUUUGUUAUCGAGUGUGCCAUAAAUACACUCCCAAAGAACAAAAUGGAUUCGAUCAGAAUAUUUGCGAAUGUAAUCAUCCGCAAUCAGAUCAUCCAGAUAAACCCAAUUCUUCGCAUACAACGAAAUGGAGUAUGGCAAACAAUACACUACUGAAGCCAAAUGCCAAACAUGGGCCAGUUGUGAACAAUGGAGUUUAUGUUCAACUUGCUUUGGAUACACCCGUGGAGACGCUUGAGAGGAUCCUUCUCGAGGCGUGGAGAAUUCCUCGGCCUGACUUCAUCAUUUCAAUCAUCGGUGGUGCUAAAUAUUUCAAACUAACUGAUCGGCUUGUAAUGAAUUUCAUCGACGGCAUCACUAAUAUCGCUUUGAAAUCGAAUGCAUGGUUAAUUACAACGGGCUAUCAAGUUGGCGUUGCUCAACUAGUUGGCGAAGCGAUUAGUCAAGUUAGAUUGACACACUUAAAGACAAAACAACUCACUGCUAUUGGUUUAUGUAAGUGGGGUUGUGUCAGCAAUAAAGAACAAGUUUUACGUUCGAGAACAGAAGAGUUAGAUGAGAAAUUUGCGGACAAAUCAACACCCUCGAUGAAAAAGAAAACAAGGCAACGAUUUAGUGGCGAACAUGAUUUAGAAAUGAAUCAUACUCAUUAUGUUAUGCUAGAUGAUGGGACUAUUCGUGAAUAUAAUAUAGGAGAUUAUCGAACACGCUUAGUAGUACAUCUUGGAAGGUUACAACAUAAAAACGAUGUUUUCGUUCCGGUUGUUACAUUAGUUGUUGAAGGAGGAAAGGAUACUCUAAAAAAUGUAUAUUAUGACUUAAAAUCCAAUGUUCCUGUUGUAAUUGUUAACGGCAGUGGUGGAGUGGCAGAUUUUUUGCAUCGAUGGUUGCUACGCACGAAAGAUCUUGAUAAUGAUGUUAAAAAUCGACUAGAAGUUUAUGACAUUGAUGAUAUCAAUUCGAACACUAAUACAGCUGAUAAACAAUCGGGAACUACAGAUCCGAGCCAUGUCGACCCGCUUUACGAGCUUUUCGCAAGUUAUCGAAAGCUCUUGGAGGAAGACUUGCGAAAUGUCCUUUUUUUCAAUCGAACCAAAAGCUAUCAAGAAAGUCAAAGUCAAGACUUGUUUGAUAAAGAUAAACCAGAAUUCGACACGCUAGUUAAGCAAGCUCUAUAUUGUUUACAACCAGCUGUUCGAUCGAACCUUACCGUAUGCAACUUAAGUUCGGACUUGAAUUUAUCGGAAACGAUUUUUCGAAGUCUCUGCUUAUCACGGCAAACAUUACCGAAAAGGAAACGAAUCGUUCGAUCGCGACCCCCAGAAGAAGAAAAUAUUGAAAUUGAAUCUCAAUACUCCAUUGAUCGAAAAGAGCAGAAUGCAGAGAGAUCCAACUUACUUCGCAUCGCAAUGGCUUGGAACUGUGUUGAAGCAGCAAAAGAAUGGAUUUUUCGAGGCUCAUUGAAUCAUAUCUUAGAUAAACAUCAAGCUUUCAUCGAUGCUCUAAAAAACAAAUUACCUUCCUUUGUUGAUGAAUUUCUCAACUUAGGAAUUGAUCCAAGUGAAACAUUCUUUGGAAAAAAAGGACUGUUCCGGAAGUAUCGAUAUAAAAAACUCCUUCUCAAUUUAUACACAUCCAAGGAAGUGAACAAUAAACGUCGACAAUUAAAAUAUUUCAUUGAUGAAGAUAGCUCAGUGAAAGAAAAAAAGAUAGAAACUGUGGAAAAGCUAAAUAUGGUUCUUCUGCAGUUGAUUGGUGAUAAAAUGCACAAACUAUAUUUUGAUUCAUUUGAAGACGAACACGCGUAUCGUGAAGUAUACAGUCUCUCAGUUAUUGAUGAAGAUUCAGAUACAAUCGAAGACAAAAAGUCGAAUUAUUCCAAUCAACAAGCUCGAGAUUACAUAAUGCGUGAUCUGUUUCUGUGGGCGAUUCUGAUGAAUUAUGUUGAAAUGGCCAAAGUUCUUCUAUCGCAUAUGAAAUAUCGCAUUUGUCCAGCAUUGAUUGCCACGAAAAUCUUCAAAGAAUAUCAUAAAAAUGCUAUUCAUGAAGAUCUGAAAGCAGACUACAAGACAAGUGCAACAUACUUCGAACAAUAUGCCAUUGAUUGUAUAGACAAAUGUGACGACCAUGAUCGUGAGAAAGCAUGUGCGAUCAUUCUACAACAAAACGAGCUAUAUGGCUACACUACUUGUUUACAAAUUGCAGCAGUCGCUGAUGAUAAAAACUUUCUCUCUACACCUUGUUGUGUUCAAGCUCUGAAUAAUAUCUGGUACGAUAAACUAUGCCCCGAGCAAGGAAGAAAACGUGACGUACUGGGCUUGGCGCUAGGAUUUCUAACAUGUGGUUUGGCAGCUCCUCUAUGCGUUAGAUAUCGAGAAGGUGAACAGAAACCAAAAACAGCUGAGCCUACGGAUAGCAGGUAUCAGUAUCGACUGAAGUCGAAUGGACUGAACUAUCAUGAUUCGCUUCUACUGGAAUAUCCUCAUGAAUCUGUACCUAAACCAGCAUACGAACGGUACUUACCUAAAGUGAUUAAAUUUCAUCAAUCGCUCCCGAUUAAAUACGCCUACCAUCUGGUGUCCUACAUUGUGUUUCUCCUAUUCUUUUCAUACUUCCUUCUAUUUAACUUUUCACCACCAACUGGUAGUUCGCCAUCCAUUCAUUGGACUGAAAUUGCCACCAUUAUUCUAGUUACUUUUAUGGUAGUAGAAGAAAUCCACUAUUUUUUCAGCCAAGACAGUCUCAGUUGGCUAGGCAAAUUAACGAAUUAUUUCGGAAGUUUUCUAAAACUAAUGACACUCCUUUCGUUUCUACUCUUUUAUAUUGGAUUAAUCCUCCGGUUUACAAGUAGUGAUUCGGAGCAAGAUUUCGUUUCCGCAAGAGUAAUCAUGGCUAUUGAUCUGGAACUCUGGUGGCUUCGAUCCUUAUCAUUCAUUAUCGUAGUACCAUUCCUUGGACCACAACUUGUCGCUAUUUGGAAAAUGCUCAAAGAUCUCUUAUUCUUUCUCUGCAUCAUUGCCAUUGUCAUGAUUGCCUAUGGUGUCGCUUCCCGUUCCAUGGUCUACUAUCCCAAAGUCAACGGCUUCACCACCGACACAGGCGGUCCUAUCGAUACUCGAUUCGAUGGUCGAAGCAUCUUUCGUAACGUCAUCUAUCCUGUCUACUACUUUCUCUAUGGUGAAUUCGACAACGAACUCAUGAGUCUCGAUGGUCAUGCAGAUGCUGGAUGGUCGAUCUCCACUCACGUGCUACUUGCUGUUCAUCUGAUCUUUGUGAAUAUUCUUCUGACGAAUCUUCUCAUUGCCAUCUUCAGCAAACGAUAUGAGGAAGUGUAUGACGAGACGAAGAAGAUUUGGCACUAUCAACAAUAUUUCCUUGUUCGCGACUACUUCACACGAUCACCAUUUGUACCCCCGAUCAGUUUUGUCUACAAUAUUUGGGACCUCUGUCGCAUGUUCUCACAUUUUUUGCGCCGACAUUGCUCCAGCAAAAAGUCCGGACAGAAUCACAAGAAGAUAUUCAAAAUGAUUGCUAAAGAUGAAAUUCUCGUAAGAGAAUGGCAGCUGUUUGAAGAACUGUCCACAUUCGAAUAUGCCCAUACUGAAGUGAAGAAAUCUGAUUCAAUUGAACAAUUUCAUGGGAUGGAAACUUCUAACGAAGAAAACGCAUACGAUCGGAUCAACGAAGAUAAUGUAACAAAUAAUACAUUCUAUGAUCUCCCACAAGUGCAAAGUGAUCUAUUGGACUUGGAUUCUGCGAUCAACGAUGUUAUGACACAGCUAAAAAAAGAUCGACUCCCGGCAAAAUAA